CCAGAAUAAAGCUAGAAAAAGCAAAAGAAAGACAUGGCUUCUAACUUCAACGACAUAGUGAAGCAGGGCUACGUUAGAAUCCGGAGUAAGAAACUGGGGAUUUUCAGACGAUGCUGGCUUGUAUUCAAAAAGGCGUCCAGUAAAGGGCCACGUCGGUUAGAGAAAUAUCCUGACGAAAAAGCAGCCUACUUUCGAAGUUUUCAUAAGAUAACCGAGCUGCACAACAUCAAGAACAUUACCAGAAUGCCUCGGGAGACCAAAAAACAUGCAGUGGCAAUUAUUUUCUGCGAUGAAACGUCAAAGACAUUUGCCUGUGAGUCAGAGCUGGAGGCAGAGGAGUGGUGUAAGUUGCUGUGUUUGGAGUGUUUGGGCAGCAGGCUUAAUGACAUCAGCCUGGGCGAGCCGGACCUGUUAGCAGCGGGAGUUCAGAGGGAACAGAACGAGAGAUUUAAUGUAUACCUGAUGCCCACUCCAAACCUGGACAUCUACGGAGAGUGCACUAUGCAAAUCACACACGAGAACAUCUACCUGUGGGACAUUCACAACGCCAGAGUUAAAUUAGUCAUGUGGCCGCUCAGCUCACUACGACGGUACGGCCGAGAUUCCACCUGGUUCACCUUCGAGUCUGGCAGGAUGUGCGAUACGGGAGAAGGAUUGUUCACGUUCCAGACGCGAGAGGGAGAGGUGAUAUAUCAGAGAGUUCAUGCCGCCACACUGAGCAUCGCCGAACAGCACGAGAGAAUGAUGCUGGAGAUGGAGAAAAAUGCGCAGACCCUUUCGAGCGAGAACACAUUAACGAAGUCGAUAUCUCUUCCUCGGAGCGCUUACUGGCAUCAUAUCACGCGCCAGAACAGCGUAGGAGACAUCUACAGUUACCAAGGCACGAGCACCAAAAUGACACUCAUUCCUCGAGCACAGACUUUCCAAAGCUUUCUGAACGAGCAGAGCGAAGAGGAGAGCAGUGAGAGAGCAGCCUCGCCCUCUAGUGGACACGGAAAGCAUUACAGCACCACAAUGCUGCAUUGA